CUUCCACCAAAAUUAUUUUUUGUUGGGGCAGAAAACUGUGCUUCCUUAGAUGUGGAAACAUUAACUACCGCCCUAAAACAGAGCACUUGUACAUACAUUGCACUGCAUUUUUUUAAUUGUUCAAUACGGGUCGACAAUCGCGGCAAGAUAGAAAGCUUGGAAGUUAUGUUGCUGAUACAAUGGCUUCAGAAUCUAGGUAAUCAUGAGCUCAUGUUGCAGAAUCGCUUUUCUGAUCCUGAAUUUCGUUAUCGAUCUUCUCAGUAUCAACCUCUUCAAUUUCAUAUUUGUCUUCUUGGAAGUGAAAUUUCAAAGUGGUUUAGUGAUUGGAGUAAUCAGAGUUCAGUAGACACCCAACUACUAUUCAGUAAACGUGAUGAACUCAUGGGAUUCGCUUUGUCUGUGGUAUUUAAAGUUCCUGGUUUUUCGCAUGAAGGAAAUGCGACAAAAAUUCAAUGCCAUUUAAGCAUAGGUUCAAGGAAUUAUAAAUUCAAAUUCAUCAUCUCUACUUCCAAAACUGUGAAGUCUGAUCAUCACCACCUUUGGCUGGGCUAUUUUUCAAGCAAGCUGUUUUAUAAACAAGAGUGGCCUAGUGGGGUAGUAGCCAUUCAUGCUGCUGUUUAUAUACUCUCCAGAGGUACAUUGUAUGCUGAAGGUUAUGUGAAACAGUGUGGGAUUCGACCAGUUUAUGAGCAAGACAUUCCUCAAACACCAGUAACAGAAAGUUCAUCAUCACCUAAUUGCAUUCCUCCAAUAUUUAUGAGACGCAGCAUCAGGAACUUUGAACUUGUUCCACCGAUGACACAGCCGAAACCAGCACCACCUCCUGACAGUCACAGGCAGACAACACCAUCUGACAGUGGUAACCAGAAAGCUCCUGACAACCGCAUGCACAGAGCACCUCUAAAGCAAGAUUUCUCGAUUGAGGACUUGGGAAAGUUUGAAAGUCUGACCUUUGGUUAG